AUGGCGACCACUGUUGGGGCUCUCAUCAACGAGCACCCAGCAUUUGUCGAUGAAGCUACUGCUAUGAUGCCACAAAGCAAUAAGGCCUGGACACACAGUUAUCUUCCCAUAAAGAAGCUACGUAUGCACACUUACAUGAAUGCCGACAUGUUCACGGUCACGGCCAACUUUGACGUUUUUGCACCGGAGAAUGACGAUGAUGUCCUUCGUAUGCAGCAAGAGGCCCACCGACCGAACGUUAGACGGUACCGACUCUACUCUGAAGAAGAUGGAAUCUCUUGGUUUCAUAACGAGGUGUCUAACGUCUUACUGCCGGCCUUCCACCGAUACCCAAUCGUGACACAGACCAGCCACCAUCCGCCACCACACGGGAGCGAACGGGUGGAUUUCUCUUACAUUGUCCAAGGUCUCGAGGGUGGUCGAGAGAGGCCCAAUAUAGCAAUCGGGGAGUUCAAGAGAAACAUCAUACGCCGAGUCGCGUGGCAGGAAGGAAAUCUAGACUCUGUGCAGUCACAGUUCUCUCGCGAGCUUAGAGGCUACGCACACAAAUACAACUGCCCACAAAUCUUCUGCUUUGACAACACAACCUUUUUGAUGCUACAGUUCCGUAUCUCGAAGCCAGAGGAUAUCUUGACCAACUGCACUGUUGACUGCUGGGUAUUCCCGCGAGACAAUGUCGGUGGCACGCCAAUUCGUUAUGCGUUCUACCGUCUGCUUGUGCAGGGAUUUCGGCGGGUCCAGGGCAUGCGGCGUUUCAAUACGCCCAUCAACAACACCCUUGCCGAGAGCUGCACUUUUUUCUCUGGAAAGCCCCAUUGGCGACUGGCAGAUGGGACCUCUACGAGCAGCCCGUUUGGAUGUACGCGCAAGGUCGACCCAGUCACCGGAGGCGUGUAUUGGUUGGACCAGUCUGGCGAGGAGCUUGUGGAUGACAACGGCAACAGACUUUGGGAUACGGGCCCGUUCUGGUUGGUGUAA